AUGGUGGAUUUCAGGAAAAGCAGACCUCACCCGCCCUUUUACAGCAACGGGAUCUGUGUGGAGAGGGCCUCUGCUUUGAAAUUCCUGGGCUUGCACCUGAAUGGAGACCUCACCUGGAGAACCGACACCGCCACACUGAUCAAGAAGACCCAGCAGCGAUUCCACUUCCUCCACUCCCUCGCCAAGGAGCUGCUGGUGUCUGUGGACACAUUGCAUCCCUGUGUGGUUUGUCAGCUGCACUGCUCAGGAAAAGACAGCUCUACAGAGGAAGUGUUGAUUGCUGAGCAGUUCUUUAUCAUAAUCAUGCAGCAAGUUAAAAACUUUUCAGUGGAAUACAAUCCCAUUGACAAAAACAAUGUGUUCACCAGUGGUGAUUACAUUGCAGGACGAAUUACAUUUGACGUGACACAGGACUGCAAAAUAGGUUCACUCUGGAUCAAGAUGAAAGGAAAAGCGAAUGUGAAAUGGACUGAACACUAUGGAAAAACCGUUGUAGUAUACCAUAACAAAGAGAAAUACUUUAGUAUCAAGACUUUCGUCAUCCAGGAUGGUGAAGGCAACAAUAUUGUCACUCAAGGUUGCCACAUGUACCCCUUCACGUUUCAAAUCCCCCAACAAGACCUGCCGUCUUCAUUCAAGGGCUCAUGGGGCAAAAUCAAGUACACUUUGGAGGCAAACCUGAGCAGGUCAAUGAGACUGGACAGCAAAGCCAAGACUCACUUUACAGUCGUCCAUAAAGGAAGCAGGGACCCGGCCUUCAUGGUUCCACAGCGCAGCAUCAUUGAUAAGAAAAUGAACCUCUUUUCUUCAGGCACAGUCAGCAUGGAAGUGACUAUUGCCAAAACUUGCUUCCUCCAAGGGGAAGGCAUGAAGGUGGUGGCCUAUAUUCAGAAUAGGUCUUCUCGAGGUGUCAGGCCAAAGUACUGUUUGUAUAAAAAGUACAGUUAUUUUGCAAAAAGCAAAAGGCGAGUUGAAACCAAAAACAUCCUAAAAGAGGUGGGCGAGUCCAUCCCACCUUUUACGGGUCACACUGUCAUCAGAUUCAUCACCAUCCCUCUCGCUACAUGCGCAUCCAUCUUCAACUGCAACAUCAUCAAAGCAGAAUACCGGCUGAAGGUGUACCUGGAUGUCAAGUAUGCUUCUGACCCAGAGAUCAAGUUCCCAGUUAUCAUCCUACCAGCUUUGCAGGGAUCUGAUGAGGAGCAUUUGCCCACAAAUCCUGAAUUUGAAGCAAAUUCAAAAAUGGGUGCCACAUACUUCAUGCAGGAGCCAACAGCUUCACUUCCUAGAUUUUAG